AUGAAUCCGUACGCGUAUCAACAAGCGCAACUACAUCAGCAACAGCCACAAUAUCAGUUUCAAGGACAGUUCGCCCAACCACAACAAUAUUAUUAUGUUCAACCUCAAGCGUCGACACAACAGGCAUUUCAAGUGCCGCAGACAUACGCCGCUCAGCAGUAUGGAGCUGUUCGUUAUCAAAAUCAGCAAGCUGUUUCCGCUGUGGGACAGUAUCCCGUGCAAGGAUAUGGACAAGUUGUCGGGACACAGCAAUACGCUGUGGCAGGACAAGGCUAUUAUGCUGUCCCCGGUGCUCAGGUAGCAAACCAAGGCCUUGAACAAACUGUUCAGUCUCAGCAACAAAGUGCUACGGAAAAUCAAGCACCACCUCUGCCACCAGAGCAGCAAUCAGAUCCUUCUGCUCCUCCUCCGCUCCCUCCUGAACCAGCUCCUAGCUCAAGCGCCAAUGCCGCAACAUCAUCAGGAGUAUUCGGCUCUGUAGCAGGGGACCAAGGCAAUGCCGAGCAGCAGAUUUUGGAAGCACAGAAGCAGUAUCAGGAAAAGUUCGCACAGUGGCAGCAGCAGUAUGCGCAGUGGCAAGCUCAGCAUCAGAAUCACCCUGAUCAGAAACAGUAUCAAGAGUGGCAGAAACACAUGGAACAUUGGCAGCAACAGAGUCAGAGUCUACUGCAGAUACAGGCUGGUGGGCAGCAGCAGGUAUUGGGGGCUACAGCGACUGUCCAGCUUCCAGGACAGCAGCAACAACAGUUGCAGCAGCAACAUCAGUUUCAGCAGCAACAACAGCCGCAACAAAAUGUUCCAUCCCAGCAGCAUCAGCAACUUUCAUUUCAGCAUCAAGGUCAACAACAGGAACAACAGCUUUACCAGGUGCAAGGACAAAGCCAACAAGAUUUCUAUAGCAGUGAAAACCAAAUUUAUCAACAGCAACAGCAACAACAGUCUCAUCAAGGCCAGCUUCAACAACAACAGCAGCAACAAGCCCAACCACAGUGGCUUCAAAACAGAUCGCAGAAUCAACAAGGAAUUCAAUAUCAGUACAACCAACAACAACAAAACCAGUCUUACGCACAUGAACAGAGGCAACAGUGGCAACCACAUCCAGAACAUCAGCAGAAUAGUUUGGUGCAAAAUCAGGAUACUUCUAACAGUAGUCAGGUUCCAAAAUGGAUGCAAUCUGCGAAAACUACAACAAUAGCAACCAAACAGGAAUCAAAGUGGAUGCCGGCUGGUAAUUUAAAGUCAGUGAAUCAACAAAAUAUUUCUUCAGCGUCUACUAAUGAUACCAAACAGUUGCCAAGUUGGAUGCAGAAGAGGUCACCAAUGCAGCAAAAGACUUCAGAAGGAAUGCAGAAGCAAGAGGCAGAACAGAAGGACAUGCCAAGGUGGCUUCAAGAAAAGCUUGAGAAAACAGAACAAGAUGUCAAGCAAGCGGCAGCUGAGAGGGCUGCACAAGAAGUGGAAGCGCAAAGGAAGCAGAUGCCGAGGUGGAUGCAAGAUCAAGGAGGUAGAAGCAAGGCGGCUGAAUCAAGUCAGGCGCCACAGAAGUCAUUACCAAAAUGGCUUCAAGAUAAACCAUCAACCAGUGGAAAUCAGUCAGAAGGUCAAAAAACGGUUGGUCAAGUUCCAAAAUGGCUUCAAGCCAAAACAUCUGCCUCUCAAGAAAGUACUGUAUCAACAUCAACAGGUAAAUAAUCAUCUCGAUAUUGAAAAAAAGUUGUUUUAAACUUGAAAUCAUUCCAGCCUCAACUUGUCCUUUGAGCUGUUCAGGUUUUGCAAGCAGUAUCCAUAGUGACAGAUAGUAUUUUUCUUGCUCUUGUCUUUUGUACCAUAAAAUUAAUAAUAUGGUAUUGCUGCCUUAUACUGUAAGAUUACCUGAUAUGGUGCUACAGGGCUCGACGUUGCGACCUGUGGGGUUGCCAAUGCAACCAGCUUUUACUCAGUGGCGACCAAAUUUUCACGCCUGGUCGCCAACCUGGCCUCCAAGAUAGGUGACUUUCUUCUUUGGGAAAACAUUCACUAAUGAUAAUCCGUUAUCCUUCACAAAACUAAUGGAUAGGUAAUGGUUUUUCAGGGUUUUUCUAACGCUCUAAAGUUUUGCCCAAACACUCUGAACUAAUGGUUUGUCUAAACCCUUUAACGAUUUGUUUAAACGCUUUAACGAUUUCUACACUGUAACAGAUUAUUCAUAUGAUUUCCUGAACCUUAAGCUUGCAUACCUGUUUGGGGAGAUUUACGCUUGAGUGUGGGCUCAUUUUCCCAAAAACCGGCUGGUAAUUGAGCCUCGAGCGAAACCCAUUCGAGAGAAAGUUCAAAAGGAAGUCUAAAGCAUUCUUUUUCUGUUAAGGCUAAGUAAAAGAUGUUAAGUUUAUUGUAUUCAAUUAAUUCUCAAAUUUAAUUUUUGGCAACCAGAAUACUCAUUCUGGCGACCAAAAAUGAAAACUUGGGGGCAAGCUGGCCCCAAGAUUUUUUUCUCGAAGUCGAGCACUGUGCUAAAGUUCUGGUGCCUUUGUGUUUUUUAGUUUCAUCGUCACCUGUGAAAAGACCCUCAAAAUGGGACAGAGAAGAAAGGUAACUCAAUAAUAUUUUAUUUGCCUUUUUGUUUCCAAAGGGUUCAGUUUUCAUUGUGUUCCCUAUUCACCUUUUCUCCAUAAUACCUGUUUCGACAAUACUUAUAAGCUGAUCGCACACAACUUUUUUCAGGAGCCUCCUCUUGGUCCGAAACUGGUAUUUACAUGUAUUUUGUGCCUUGCUUUGAAGUUUACCUGUUAUCUUUUACAUACGAAUACACUCCUGAAUUGUUGUUUCUACUAGUACGUAAGGACUGAUUAAGAAGCAGCAUCAGGAAGUUGUUCUUUCUUUCUGCCCUUUGCAUUUUUUAUCAAGUUAUCAAGUUAUCAAGUGACCUAUCUUUCACAGUGUUAAUCUCUGCUUAUUGGGAAAAAUCAUAUAAACAUACAGCUGUAGUAGCCAUAAUGUAAGUGCGUGUAACUACUGUUAUUCAGCUGAAGGACAUUUACAUGCGUGUUACAUACAUGGUAUCAUGUAACGACAUCCUUAUGCCACAAGGAUGUGUGCAACAUUUCUUUAAAUAAGACAAGAAUAUUAUUAAUUUUUUCUUUUUCUUUUUCAGAACUCCCCUCUCUACAUCUGUAACCAUCAGUCCACAAAAAUUAGACCCUCUGAAGGAAAUUCAGUUGUUGAAGCAACAACAAGAACAACUUCAACAACUUCAGGAGCUUGAGAAACGUUUUAAGCAAACAUCUUCUGCAUCGUAUGCGUCACCUUCUUCAUCAGCUAGUUCUUCCACUUACAACAGCCAAACAGCAUCUACAACUUACAUGAGUGCAGAGAGAACACAUGCUGGGUUUCAAGACAAAAGUAAGUAUCAAUAUACCUUAACAGGAAACAAAAUAAUCCAUUGCAAUGUUCCAUUGUCUUCAAUGAUGUUAUAAGAUUUGAUGUUCACUUACUGAAAAUAAUGGAUCUACAAGCUACAACAUGGGGUUUCACUGAAAAGUUUGAAAUGCUGUCUUAACUCAUGGUCUUCUUAUGACCUGAAGACCAGGCUAGGUUACAUGGCAUUUAAAAUUAACCCAGGAUACAUGUAUGUCCUCUCCCCCCACUCCCUGAGUUGCACAUUUAGAAGGUUGUCCCAUACAGGUAAGAGUUUGAAUCAUUCCUAUUAAGGGAGGCACUCUCAGUUUAAAGGUGGAGGAGGUUCCCCUCCCCUCCCCCCCUGCAUUGCACAUUUAGAAGGUUGUUCCAUACAGUAACCUCCAUUCCUAUUAAGGGAGGGACUGCCCGUUUAAAUGCACAUGUAGAUUGCUUCUUUAAUCCCCUUCCUGAACCACCUAUGAAACAAGGACAUGGGACAGAACACAAUAUGAUCAUGGGUGUAAUGAGCACACAAGACAUUUUGUUGCAUCACAGUUUUGAUGUACACCUAGAUCAUAUGCCAUAGAUCAGACCAGCACACAUAUGGGCUGUAGCAAUCUAAUGUUUGAUUUGGGUGGGGGGGGGGUACAGUGGUAUAGACUUUACCUGGAACAACAUUGAAAUCUCAUGGUUAUGUUUUAGGUUCUACCGAGAAAACUAUGCAACAGAAGCCAAAGAAACCACCUUGCAAGUUCUUUCCCAAGUGUCGCUUUGGAAACAACUGCCAUUUUCAACAUCCACCUUGCAGUUCGGGCUCAAGGUUAGCUCUAAAAAUAAUGUAGGAACAAUGUUAAUGAAGGGGUAUGCAGAGCCUUACUGUAAGUGGAACCUGAUCCAGUGUGAUAUACAAGCAUAUACAAGCAUAAUUAUUGAAAAGCGAAUCUGGCAAUAAUUAUGUCAUAAGUCGUUUAGGGCUUUUUUACACUCACCCUUUGUACUCAGUGGAAAUUAUGACUUUAAUUGAGAUACAGAUCUUGCCUUUUCACCAGUGCACACCAGAGAGAGGUUGUCCAAGGUACAUGUGUACUAAGCCUUUACUUCCAUUUUUGUUUAGAUGCCAAGCAUGUUUCCUCUUUUUCUCUUCACUUAUUUGUGGCCACCUGAUUUUUGACAGAAAAAAAUACAAUUGUAUUAUGCAAUUCUUAUUUUUUACACAGACCGUUAAUGGCAUUUUUUUUUUUAGAAAACCAUUAAUGGGAAGAAUUUCCAUUUCACAAAAUCAUCGGGACCAUUAAAUUUUUUAUUUACAGUGUAGUAAAUUUUAGAAUUCAUAUUAUCCAAAAGUGUUUUUUUCCUUUUUUGCUGCAGCAUUUCACAUCUAUAAAACUUCUUUAGGUCAAGUUUUUGCACAGUGUUGAACAUCUUUUACAACAAGGCACUGAAGGAGUACUUUUUCUCUUUCAGAUGCACAAGUGUUGAUUGUAUAUUUGACCACAGUGCUGAUCCCACAACUGAAGAAACUCCAGAGGAACCACAAUACCCAGGUACACUGCUCACCUCUGUUAAAGGACUAAGACUAUUAUAAAUUAUUAUUAUAUUUAGGCAUUGAACUUUUUCCCAUUGUUUGUUGCAAUCUAUGGCAAGGAUUGGUAGAGAUUUAAACUUGACAAAGUUGGCCCAUCUUUUUCAAGGUUUAAUGCUACGCCUGCAAAAAUCACCCCCCCAAAAAACAAAUCAUUAUGGUUAGUGCUCCCUGAUGAAAUUUGUUUGAUAUUAUGCUUCAUAACAUUACAGGAGCAUUUUGAGUCCUUAAACCUAUCACUCCCAGAGUUAAUUGAUGGGCAAUUAUGGUUAAUACCGGUAAUUACCAUUAUUAAUUUUGCUGUUACCUUUUGUUUUUAGAAUUAGAGGCCUUUACUGAGACAACUGAAACAUUCAGUGGAGUCAUGUCACAGUUUUCGUCGAGAGGAGACCAGAUUCCUGGUAUAGGAGAUGGUGAAUUCCCCGUGGUACCUGCCAAACCAGAAGAGGAGUCUGUAGAAGGUCUGUUGACAUAACUCUUUCAUUCCUAAACUCAAAUGUCAUCGAAAAUCCCAUAUUUCAUGUAGAGUAAUAAUAUUAUUGAAAAAUCACUUAUGCUACACUAGAACACUCAUUUCAUCCACAGACUCAAAAGUUAGAACCACCUUGUACAGCAUACUAAACAGUACCACAGGAAAGUAUUGCUCAGCAUUUUUUGUUUGAAUGGUCACACCAUAGCAUUUUGUCAACAGACUCAAAAGUUAAAACUACAUUACCUGGUACAUGUCCUUGAAGUUGCCUCAGCCAAAUUUUGAUUACAUGUAUUCCUUAUUUUAGUUGAUGACAAAUACCAGCUUGGAGAUGGUAGUUACCAGGAAAACAAUUAUGAGGUAAACAUAAAGUUUAAUGGUUUUAGUCUGAGCCAAUGCAAAACUUUAAGCUGAAGGAAAAGUUGGCCAAAAAUUAAAUAUCUGCUCUAGGCUAAACUAAAAUUCAAAUUCAGAUUUUUGCAACCUCCCUAAUCUAUGUGCCACAAUGCAUGUAACUGUCACAAAUGAUAUGCCGUAUGGGUAUCUGCCACUUCCACAUACAGUGUAUGUGUACCACAAGAAACCCAUUAUGAGUUUCUGGUACCACACAAUAGCCAUUUUGCACAUUGACAUUAGAAGGGCAAAUUUAAGCUGCCAAGUUCAAUUAAUGUAAAUUGCAAAGUUUACAUGAAUGAAUAACUUUAGGCAGUAGAGUUGAAAAGAAUACCCGGAUAGAAAGAGUAUGAAUGCGAAAAUUUUUGUUUACAAACACGACUUGCUUGUCUAACACACACAUGUAUAAGGGCUGUGCUCUAGCAGCACCUGGUUGGCCCAUGGCGCUUAAGGUUUGCUCUGGGGCGACUAGAAAAUCUAUGUUUUUUUUUUUCACAGAAAUCAUAAUUAUGCUGGGCACCCUGCAUUUCACAGGUUCAGGGCACUGGGCUCCCUUCAAUUUUUCUUAGUAAGAGCAUAGCCUUGUGUAUAAGGGCUAUUCUUGGAGCAACUAACCCAGAGAUUAUGUUAAGUACUCUACUCUCUCAAUGUGCAAGGAAAGUCGUGUCUGAUAGCCCGGGGCUAGUGGAUUUUGCUAUCGGGCUAGUGAUUUCUGUUCUUAACUUGCGCAACGGGCUAGUACUGUUUUUUGGGGAAGUUCAGAUUACAAAAGGAUUGGAAUAAAUCCUGCCAAUCAAAAAGGGUUUUGAGAGCUAGUUGAAAUGACUUGUGGGCUAGUACAUGCUAGAUACAGCUUACCCGAAUCGCAGGCAGUAAAACAAACUUUCUUUGCACCCUGUCUCUUAAAGGCUCCUCAAGAUGACUACAUGGAGGUUGAAAAUGAACAGUAUACAGAAGGAGGAGCCGAUGAACAACAAUCAGUCCCUGAACAGACCACCCAAUCUGCAGCAGAUCAAGACAAAACACAUGGUGAACAAUGGCAGUGGCAGGCUGAAAAUGAAUGGGGAAGGCCUCCUUACCAUCAGGAACAUGCUGGUGAUGCAGGUAUUGUAAAUUCAGACUUGGCAAGCAUCGCUUACAAAUUGAAAUGGGCAGACAUACAGUACCUGAAACUCCAGAAAAUCUUCGAAUUUGCCCCUUUGGCCACUUAAAUGAAGUUGAAUGCGAAUCACACUUUCUAUUCAAUUGUAAUCUUUACAAUAGUCUUCAAUCUAACUUUUACAGGAACAUUAGUAAUAAUGUAGGUAAUACCAUGUACUUACGUGGGAAUACUGAAAUAAAGUUGUUGUUGUUGUUGUUGUUGUUAUUGUUGUACAUGAAUGAACAGUAAUCCAAAGAAGUUGAAAAUUUUUUCAGCUCGUGCAGUAGCGAAAACAAAAAAGUAAUGCAGCUUUUUGUGUGAAGCAACUACAGAUUAAUGGAUGAGUUGUGCAUAAACACCAUUGUUCUUUCUUAUUGUACUCCUCUUCAAGAGUAGAACUAUUUCUUUGAGACUCCUAACAGUUAGUACUCAGGUAAUCCUCAUUUCUCAAAUAAUUAGUACAUUUAGUUUGAUUACAGUAUUCUGCAUUAUGCAGAAAUAUAAUAACUAACUGUUGAAAACAGAAGGUUAAAUACCUGUCAUUACCCCCCAUGCCCUCACACUGGUGUGGAACCACAUCCAUCAUGCCACUCUUGACAUCUUUUUGAAACUCAUCUUGUGCUGGAGGAAGAGAUCUACCACACCACAAAACAAAAUUAAACACAAACUGACACAACUCCAGCAUGCAAAGAAAGUAGUGUCUGAUAGCCCAGGGCUGGUGGAUUUUGCUAUCAGGCUAGUGAAUUCUGUUUUAAAUUGCCUGAUGGGCAAGUGAUGUUUUUUUGAGCAAUUCAAAUAACAGAAGAACUGUGAAAUCAAUUCUGCUAGUCAACAAGUUUUUGGGGCUAGUUAAAAUGAUGUCUGGGCUAGUAAAUGCUAGCUUCAGCAUGCCCUAAUGGCAAGCUGUAAAAAUGAUUUUCUUGGCACCCUGCAACUCUCACUCAUUUCAUUCUGAACUGUUCACUAAUAGUUAUUAAUUUCUAUCUUGCAGGCCCCUCUCAGGAGUCAGAUUGGCCAUCGGCUAGAGGCAGGUUCUCCAGAUGGGGUGAAGGUGAACCUCCUCCAGGAAGAGAGGGGAGGAUGCCUGUACCAAGAGAGGGUGACACUGAAGGUUCAGGUGACAGACGAGAUUGGAGAGCACCCCUUGAGAGAGAUGAGUGGGGACGUCCAAGACCUCCUCACCCAAGAGAUGAAAGGGAGAGUGCCCUUGGAAGGCAUGAAAGAGACAGAAGGCCACCAUUUCCUGAUGAGCUUGGCAGAGGGCCACCGUUCCCUUCUGAUGAACGGGGAAUGAGACCCUCCUGGUGGGACGAGCGUGAUGGAAGACCUCCAUUUCCAAGGGAUGAACAAGGCAGACCACCUUAUUUAAGAGAUGAAAGAGAGAGGCCUCCUUUUCCACGAGAGGGUUGGGAAGAAAGACCUCCUUUCAUGAGAGACAGAGACCUUGGGCCACCUUUCAGAGAUGAGAGAGGAACAGAGCCCCCUGCAGAAAGAAUUGAAGGUGAAUCAGCUUCUAAAGAUGGAACGGAAGCCCAUGUACAGAAAGAGUCAUCUGAGAAAAAUGUAGCUCCACAACAUGAAAUUAAGAGAUCACCAGCUAAAGAGAGGCCACCCUUUCCAGUAGAUGAAAGAGAGCGGCCACCUUUUCCAAGAGAUGAAAGGGAACAGCCACCUUUUCCAAGAGAUGAGAGGGAUCGGCCACCAUUUCCAAGAGAUGAAAGAGAUCGGCCUCCAUUUCCCAGAGAUGAAAGAGAUCGGCCUCCAUUUCCCAGAGAUGAAAGGGACCGACCACCAUUUCCAAGAGAUGAGUGGGAUCGCCCCCCAUUCCCAAGAGAUGAGUGGCAUCGACCUCCUUUUCCAAGAGAUGGAAGAGAUCGGCCACCAUUCCCUCCAGGUGAUGGUGAUUUUCCAUUUCCACCAAGAGGUGCUAGGGAUCGUUGGCCACCACACCCAAGAGAUGACAGAGAAAGAUGGCCACCACAUCCAAGGGAGGAAGUGGAUGCAUGGGCUUGGGAACGAGAGCAUGGUCCUCCUGGCAGACCUUUAUCUCCCAGGGGAAGAAGUAGAAGGGGAAGACCCCCAUUCCAUGAAGAUUACAGGGGAAGACCCGUGUCACCACCUCCAUGGCCCCCAUUUGAUCAUCCCCAGAGGGGAUGGUCUCCUCCCAGACGUGAUUAUCGGGGAAGAUCUCCACCCCGUGAAGAAUUUGAUCGAUUUGGCCGGCCACCACCCCCACGUGAUGCUGAUUUCUUUGAUGACCGAGGCAGACCACCACCACGGGAUUGGGAUCGAGAAGACUGUGAGUUUCUGAAUAUUAUAAUGUAUCAGUAAUGAAUUAAUUAAGUCUUCUUUGUAACUCUAAAGGAGCAUUUUGUGUAUGUCUAAAUAAUGACUUUAGCACAGAAGUGAUCUUAAACAGCAAUAUCCUUGUGACAUAACCCCUUUUAAGAUGAAAUGUUCAUUGAGACAAAGAUUUCUGCAUCCAUAUGCAAGUGUGAUUCUCUUCAAAUGUGUAAUUUUGACAUAAUCGGGAACGCAAUGUUUGAUACAUUUGUUCAGUACAUUAACCUUCACCAAGGAAGACCAUUUGAUGUUGCAAGGUUACUUUGAACUUUUAAAUUUAAUAUUAGGGAGAAGACCACCCGAUGAUGAGAGAUUCCGAGAACGUCAUCAUCCAGAUGAUCGAUGGCGAAGAUCACCCCCACCCUAUAGGGAUCAUCCAGAGCACUUCCCCCCUGAUCGCCCUAGAGAGUGGCCAAGAGACGAAAUGAGGGGUCCAGAUGAGAGGUUUGUUAAUCAUGGCUUCAUACACUCCUUGAAAUAUUGGAAUGGUAACCAACAUAAAAGCAUUAAUCAUAACUAUAACAAAAUUGUCAAAUCUGUUUGGUUAUCAACUGUCCUGAUUUCAGCACUAAUAGGACAUUGAAUAGGAUGGCAUGUAUCAUGCCUGUAAUUGGACAGUAUGCGCCAUCACACGCUUGGGCAUAAACCGCUUUUUUUCACUGCUAGCAAAAAAACUCUCGGAAUUUCCCCGGCAACUAUGAACGUGGCCCCUGGCUACUUUAAUAGGAAAAUAAAAGAAAAAUAGAACCAAAAGAAACCCCCUAGCUGUUUGAUUCUCCGUCUACUUGUUGCAUUUACCUGGCAACUUGAAAUCUUAGUCAUCCCAACAAUUUUUGAAAUGUUACCUUCUCUUUCACAUUAAUUUCCCUUUUUCAAGGGUCAGGUCAAAUUCCAAUACCUUAAUUUCAUGAAGCAUUAAUUUCCUAUAGUGAAGUAUUUAAGUUUUUCGAACAGAUGGUAUGAUGAGCAAGCUCCUACAGAUAGAAGACCACCCCAUGAUGACUACUAUAGAGACAGACCCCCGUAUCCUGAAGAUCGCCCUAUGCAUGACCCUGCUAACUACCCACCCCACCCUGAAGAAGCUGGACACCAGAAUGAACCGCCCAGGUUUGAGAAGAAGGCCGAGGUUGUUCCUGUUGAGAGUAUUCUUGAUUCUCCAGGAAGAGAAUCCAGACCUGAUCGGGUAAAUAUGCCAACCGUCUCAUUUAUUAUUGUGCCAGCUACCAGUUCCAUAUGUUUACAUGUACUUCUAUAUUUUUGUUGUUGUUGUUGCAUUGUUAGCCUUUAUGGAAUAUGAAUUCCUGUAAUUUGUGUUCAUAAAAUUCCGCAUUUUUUUUGUGUGAAUCCUUUUAAGGUCAGAACAUGCUAGGCAACAUGUCACUGCAAUAGGUUGCUGUGACAAAUCACUCCCUGUGUACUAGUUGGGGAUAACUUGAUGCAACAAGUUGCUUGACAUGUCACAGCAACAAAUUGCUUCGUGUGUCUCAGCAACAGAAUUGCACUUGAUUUUGUACGAUCUGGUUGCGGAGACAAAGACUUUCACAAAAAUUCUCCAGUACACAUGAAUUGAUUUGUUGCGGCGACAUGUCGCCUCAUCGUGUUGCUGCAGCUUGUCAGCCAGUGUUUUCCUACCUUUAUCGUUAAAUUUCUUUGUUGCAGAUUGUGAUUAUUCUCAGAGGGCCACCAGGGAGUGGUAAAACCCAUGUAGCCAGGCUGAUAAAGGUGAGUUAAAUUAUCCGUUCUAUUAAGGUUUGAUUGUAGUUGGAGCAUUGUUGUCAUGACUAACGGCAUCAUCAUCAUCAUCAUCACAACCUUUUAUCGUCAUCACUGCAAUCAUCAUCAUCACCAUCAUCACCUUUAUCAUAUUUAUCAUUACAAUCAUCUUCAUCACUAUCUCCCUUCAAAUAAUAACAAUAAUAUUAUUUACUGAAGUGGAGGUGGUCUAGUGGUGGAAAUUUACCAAGCUGCAAAUAAUUGUUUUAGUAUACUAAAACAAUGAGAUAAUAUCGAAGAAAAAAGUCAUUUACUGCUGCCUGCGAUUACAAUUUUGGAGUGCAAGUGAGAUUGGUGUUGCUCGCUUGGAGGAGCUGGUGGUGAAUCAGUGAAUAGCAUUGGAUAUCCCGAGUUUGAGUAGCCAAUCAGAGUGCACAAAAACACCAUCCACAGUUUUAGUACAUUUUUGUAUUUAUCAUAAUCUUAAACAAGCACCAUUAACAUCUUCACCCCCUUCAUCAUCAUCCUAAGUCUUAAAUAUUUUCUUCUGCUGCAGGACAAGGAAGUGUCUUAUGGAGCUCAUGCACCCAGAAUAUUAGCCCUAGAUGAUUACUUCUUAAUGGAGGUUGAGAAAACAGAAAAAGACCCAGACACAGGGAAGAAAAUCAAGAAAAAG